GUAUAAUAAUUUGCUCUUUUUCUCUUUGUUUACGUCAGAGUGUGCAGGCCAUUAUCGGGCGUUAGACUACCAAAAUUAUCCGCUUCUCAGUCGCUGUGGACGUGCCUGUAUAUUCGAGCGGCUCUUCACUUCGCUACGCGUUACUGCUUUCCCUUUUAUCGUCUCUAAUGGCCGAACGAACGUGGUGUCCGUCCUUGGGACCGCAACGGGAUAACGGUUCCGUUCUUUUUGGAAACACGUACUUUCCGGCGGAAUCGUAUGGCCAGCUCCUGACCGAGAAAACAUCGGCAAAGCGGAACGCUGCUGUCGCUGCUAACAGCGAUGCUUCUGCUAGAGCUAUUUCGGACUCCCUUGCCUUCUCGUUUCAGCGGCAUUUCCACAGAUUUGAUGCGGCCGUGGUUGCUUCAAAUGCUAACCGCCUUCAUUGGCCUAGUUCGUCAAAGCUGUCGGCAUUGCAGUUCAGCAGCCGUCCAGUGCCGGUUGACGCUGCAGUUUGCCUGAACAUGCGCGAACUGCCAAACCUCCCAACGCUUCCUUCGCAACUUGCUAUUCCAGCCGACAGUAUCACUGAACUCCUUUCCCUGCUUGCCCGUCGAAGCACGAGGAGGCCCAGCGCGAUAGCAGCUGAUGAGCUUACUGGCCUGAUAGGCCUUCCGUCGAUUAACCGCGCAAAUUCGAUGGUUGAGGUUUUCAGCGGCUUGGUGUGCAGCAAGUUGUUUCUCAAGCGCGUACAGCAGCUGACUAUAUGCGACGCAUCCGCCGGCGACGGGCCAAGUGCGCUGGCCGAUUUUGCGCGGAGCGCAUUAAGUCUAGAGGCUCUGUCGUUGGUGAACUGUGUGUUGCAUGACGACAUGGCUGCGUUGAUGGAGGCUCUGAAAGACCAUGAGGUGAAAUACCUCAGUUUGGAGCGUAGUGGCAUCGGUUGCGCUUCCACGGACGCCGAGCGCGAAACCGUUCUCUCGUCGUUGAGCACCUACUUGAAACUGAACAAGUUUCUGACCACGCUGGACUUGUCGUACACAAAUCUGGAUGCGGAUGGCGUGUCAGGCCUGAUGAGUGCGUUGACUGAAUCCGACACCCAGAUGCUGCCGCAGGACAUGAACGAAACCGCUGAUGUCUUCGACCCGUCGGACCUUAGCGAGCGCUUGGAUCGGGCUCAAUUCACGGGUGCAAAAAGGAAGAAUGAUGAAGAGGACUCCGAAGGCGAGGGUGGGGAGGAAGAGGCGGAGGCAGACGGUGACGAUGAUGAAAACCUGUCUCCUUCGCAAGUGUCAAGCGACGAUGCUUCUGAAAAUGACGACGACGCCGACGACAAUUCAGAGGAAGACGAGGAGGAUGAGGACGCGGAGGACGAAGAUGAAGACGAAUACGAAGACGAAGACGAGGAGGAGAACGAGGACAAGGACGAAGGCCAACCGAAUGGAAAUCGCAAAGUCUCUUCGCGGAAAAGCCGAAGGACACUCGCACGCGAGCGACUUCGGGCUGAGCGCCAGCGGCUGAAGCAGCUGCAGCGCCAAAUGAAGCAACUCGUGCAGCUCGAGACUCGCGAGCGUCGCACUCUGAUGGAAGAGUACCUUUUCGCAGCACUUGAAGUCGUCACCGGCAACAGCGUUACCAUUACAAAAUGCUAUGUCGAGGAAAAGCAAAAAGCGAAGGAGUUGUACUGCUCACGACGGAGCGGCUGGUCGCAUCUGCAAGAGCUGCUGUUGCGCGGCAACUGUUUGGGUGACGCCGGAGCGAAACACAUCGCGCUUGUGCUGCGGGAGGACGUGCCCCUCUCCGAGGACGAGACGCAGGAGCGACAGGAGGCGGCGGAUGCGAAACGUGACACCCUGGGAGCUGACUUUGGCGCCAGCCGUGCAAAUAUCAGCGUGGAAGAGGCCGUGGCAUGGCGAGUGCUUCGGCAAACGGCAGAGAACGAGUUUUCUAAGAUCGGCGCACUUCACGACGAAACUGCCAUGAGUGAAGUUGCCGAUGCGGAUGAAGAGGACGAGUACGCGAAGGAGGCUCCGCCCGUGGUGCUCACGAAUGUGGAAAACGGUCGCCGCAGUGGAGGAGGCGCCGAUGAUGCCGCACCCAACGACGACGAUGCCGACGAGUUGCUAGCAGAAGAGAAGAAAGCUUGGGAGGAGUGGGUGGCAGAGGGUCUUCCCCAAGUGAUGGUGGAGUCUGUAAAGAAAGGCAUGCGCUCCAUUUCACUUUUAGACCUGGGCAGCUGCCAAAUCGGGCGGAAGGGACUGGAGGCGCUGGCAGAUGUGUUGAGAACAAACACGGUGCUGGAAUCGCUGUGCUUGCGCCACAAUCCUAUAGGGGGUGGUGUCACGGCGAAGUCUGUCGCUGGACAUCGCGAUGCAGCCAGUGCAGUGUCCGCAAGUUUCGUCCGCUUUGUCGAAAUGCUCGGCGUGAACAAAUCACUCCGCACGCUUGACUUGGGGUAUUGCCAGCUUGGCCCAGAUCACGUUCGCGCCUUGGCCACCGCUCUUCGUGACAAUCCUGUUCUCGUCACCCUCGGAUUAGAAGGCAACCAGUUCGGGGUUGAUGAAGCUCACUCGCUGAAGCAGCAUGCCCAUUCUUACCUGUACGCUCUUUGGAUGGCGGCUGCGCAGCCUGGGAGUGCGCUGCGUCAUCUGCACAUGAGCCACAACUCCGUUGCUCUCUGCCUGUGGUCCGAGGAAACAGCGGCACUGGCGGCGGCGUGCGGCCAGCUCAGCUCCCUUUCCCUCUCCCACGUCGGGCUGCAAGCGUCGCACCUGCAGCUGUGGUCGGAGGCGCUCCGGCAAGGCUCCGGUGCGCAUCAUCCCACGGUGCGUGUGCUGCAGCUUGCGCGAAAUGAGCUCGCCGGCGAGGCAGGCGGCGCAGCGCUGGGCUCGCUGUUGCAGCACUUUACCCUUCUCGAAGAGCUCUCGCUAGAUGACACUCCUUUGUUGGGCUCCGCCGGCGUCGCAGCUGCGCUAGAGCACCUCCCCACUACGAUGCGGAGGCUGAGUUGUGGCGGGGUAGGCUUGACGGAGCCGUUCGUCGGGGCGGCGCCGUCACCGGUGAUUCCGCUUCCAGUGACGGAGCGGCUGACGUCGCUUAUGUUGUGUGACGUGGAGGCACCCACCGCGGAAACGCUGGCGGCGUGGACAACCCACUUAGCAGAGGCUGCGAAAAAUUUGCAAUACCUCUCGCUGUGGGCUCGCGGAAUGGCAGGAAAAGAGAACGAAGUGCUGUCAUACUUCGUUGAUCUGGCGCAGAUGUGCCCGUCUUUGCUUUACGUAGACAGCGGGUUUCAGCCGCAGUUUCGAGCGUCCGCGUCUGGUGGGAAGCACUUUGUUUCGCUAGAAAAACUCCUUCUGCCGAGGCGCACGUCUUUGUCCAAAUAA